UCCAAACUAAAGGAUAGAAGAAGAAGUUACACCACCGUAAACAACAAUAAGGAAGUGGCUAAAUGAGAUUGUCAAGUAAAUCGAGGCCAGUUUCUAAUUUAGACUCAUAUAAGACAAAAUCGUAAUGGAAUAGUUUUAAGAUACAAUAAAAUAGCAAUGGAGGGCUCCAAGUCGUCGAGUACCACCAUGCAAGUUAGCUUCGUCUGUCAGCGGUGCUGUCAGCCGCUCAAGCUGGACACAUCCUUCAAUGUGCUCGACCGAGUCACCAUCCAAGAACUUAUUGCCCCGCUGGUCACAGUGACCCCAAGCAAACAAGCUGGAAGCAGCGAGGUCGAGGCAGCACCAGAGGAGACCUUUGUGGAAAACAAGCAAGAUGGAGUGUCAAGAAAAUACAUCCCUCCUGCACGGAUGAUGUCAACAGAGAGCGCUAACAGUUUCACACUGAUUGGAGAUGCAUCUGAUGGUGGCACCAUGGAAAAUCUUAGUCGUAGACUUAAGGUAACCAGUGACCUUUUUGAUAUCAUGUCAGGCCAGACAGAUGUGGAUCACCCACUCUGUGAGGAAUGCACUGACACAUUGCUAGACCAUCUGGACACACAGCUUAACAUCACAGAGAAUGAGUGCCAGAAUUAUAAGCAGUGUCUGGAGCUGCUAUCAAACCUACAGGUGGAGGAAGAGGAGACCCUGCUAGCAGAGCUGCAACAGCUGAAAGAGCAGGAGGACGCCCUGGUCCAGGAGCUGGAGGCUGUGGAGGAGCAGAGAACUGCUGUAGCACAGGAUCUGGCCCAGAGCAGGAUCCAGUCUCAGCAGCUGGAUACAGAGGAGCUACAGUACCAAAAGGAGUACAGCGAGUUUAAACGGCAGCAACUAGAACUGGAUGAUGAGCUGAAGAGUGUUGACAACCAAAUGCGUUAUUGCCAGAUUCAACUAGAUCGCCUAAAGAAGACCAACGUUUUCAAUGCAACAUUUCACAUCUGGCAUAGUGGCCAGUUUGGCACCAUCAACAACUUUCGACUGGGUCGACUUCCCAGUGUUCCUGUGGAAUGGAAUGAGAUCAAUGCAGCCUGGGGACAGACGGUACUGCUGCUGCACGCUCUGGCCAAUAAAAUGGGGCUGCGUUUUCAGAGAUAUCGUCUUGUCCCAUAUGGAAACCACUCCUACUUAGAGUCACUUACAGACAAGUCAAAGGAACUUCCAUUGUACUGUUCAGGUGGCUUAAGGUUUUUCUGGGACAAUAAGUUUGAUCAUGCCAUGGUGGCCUUCCUGGACUGUGUCCAGCAGUUCAAAGAAGAGGUGGAAAAGGGAGACACUGGUUUCUGCCUUCCAUACAGGAUGGAUGUGGAGAAGGGGAAAAUUGAGGAUACAGGUGGCAGCGGAGGCUCCUACUCCAUAAAAACUCAGUUCAACUCUGAGGAGCAGUGGACCAAGGCACUCAAAUUUAUGCUCACCAAUCUGAAGUGGGGACUGGCCUGGGUCACCUCACAGUUCUACAACAGAUAAACCUGCUGGACCUGAUAUAUUGACUUUACAGUCAUGUGCACCUGAUAAAUGAAUUUCUUAUGAUUGAGUGGGAUAUGUAGCCAAAGGAAAAAAAACAAAGUUUUUACUGGAUUGAGAUGUUUUCAAGAGCAUCAGUUUAGACCCCCCACAGUAAAUGCAAUGUUUUUUCCUGCACAGUGGAGAUUUGAAGUUGUGGGGUCAUUAAAAGACUGAAACUACA